UGCUGUAGAAUAAAAUAAACUCUAAGAAAGUUUAAUGCAGUUGUGUUGCAAAAAUUGUUUGUUUAUUUUAAUAAAAAAUACAUUCCUGCAUAGAAAAACCGAAAUUUCAAAUUAAAAAAAAAGAUUUAUUAAACAAAAUAUAUAUGAUAUUCUUUGCCUCACGAGCAGCUAAACAAAAAGCAGAAAUACAACCAUUUUAAACGGUGACUAUACAAAAAAAGAAAAAAAAAACCGCCAGCCAAGUAGCUGUAGCGAACGAGUGAAUGUGCAACAAAGCGUGAAAACUGACAGGAACAAAAGAAAUAAAUGUUAAAGGUUGGUGGUGAGAAAAAAAUAAAAUAAAAUGCUGUUAAGGUGACGAAAGGAAAAACAAAUAGCUGUGUAAAAAACGAAGAAUUAAAGUACAAAAAGUGGAAAAAGUGAGAAAGGUAAAACAUAAAGCUGAAUUAAAGCAAACGAAAAACAAAAAAGAAGAAAAUUCCUUUAAAAUGUACAAAAGAAAGGUCUAAGGUGAGUGAGCAACCGGUGUUUUCAGAUGCAACAAACGGUAAAUCGAUUGUUUAGAGAGGAGCAAGAAAAUAAAGAAAGCGACAUCUGCUCAUCUGUGGAAAGUGGCUGUAGUGAUAGGGCAAAUAGCCAGCAAGUGUUUUAACGAACUGCGAGCGAAUGUACCUGCAACUGACAAAUAAUUUUACUUAGUUUAUGUGAUCCAUUAGAGAAAAACUAGACGAAAAAAAAACUUAAUUUAAAAAGUAACUCAAAUGCUGUUUAACUGCUUUAGGAAAACAAAUUUAUAAACAUUUCAGUUGCGCGCCAUUUUUAUGCUUCAUGCUACAAAUAUUUAAUGUAACAACGUAAAACUCGAAACUAAACAUAUCACAAACAAGUAAAUACCUAAUAGAAAUUCAUUGCUAACUUUAUUGAAAGCCAGCAGCCAUCACAACCGACGCUUUGGUUGAAGUUCUAGUGGUAAAACAACCCAUCCACACGUACAUAGCGACACCGAUACCAACCUGCAUACAUACAUACAUUCCAUCCAGCGACAUUCCAAGCUGAGCGAAAAUAAAUGCACCAGCUGAGUUCACAUUCCGUGUAAUUAUAGCAUUCGACCCAUUCGAACCUCCUAACCAUCACGGCUACUGCAGUUGCCUUUGAAGUUGGUGUCACCUACCAAAACUAAUCGAAGCGUCACAUACAGUUAAUUAAAUAGCGCAAAAAAGUCGUGCGAGCAGUGUAGAACGGAAGCACAUAGAUUUCACUUGAAAGGUGUUAAUUUAAAAUUCAUCAAAACGGCUAACGAAGCGUUCGCCCUGGCGGCUAUAUCAGCGCCAGCAACACCACCAGCAUCAGCGCUGCUGACACCUACAUCGUCCACACCAACGACAUCGACGCGCUCACCAGUGGAGACGCCAAGUUUAGGAGUCACGCCGACGCCACCCAUUGAACUGGAGGUGGUGAAGUCAAGGUGUGAGGAGGAAGUGCAAAAGGUGGAAAGCGUGCGCGAAGAAAUCGUGGGAGAGGAAGAAAACGAAGUACUGGUUGUGGAAACGGUGUUGGUGCCAAAGGAAAACGGUGCCAAAACAUCAACAGCAGUGGUAGUUGAAAGCAGAAUCUCAAUAGACGGCCCCACCGAAGCUAAGCCUGUUGCUGUGAGUGCACAGCAGCCUACAGCACAACACGACACUCCAGUAGCAUCAGCAUUAGCGUCAUCAACAGCAGCAACCCCUACGUCUACUGAUCACCAGACGAAGACGAAUGAGUGCAGCAACAUAAACGGCAAUAAUAACAGUUUUCGUCGCAAUAGCAGCAGCUUCAAAAGCAAUAGAAAGAAUAUUGCUACUGCCAACUUUGCUAAAGGGGUGAACAACCAACAUAGCAUAGGGCGCACCAGCAACAACAAUAAAGCGAAAAUUACGCUGAAAAUGCGUUUCAAAGUUGCCAAGCGUAUUUGCCAGCGACGAUUGCGCACAAAAAAUAUCGAUGAAAACUAUCCACAACCGCACGAGGUUACAGAAGGUGCCUUACAAGUAUGGCGUGCGCUACCCGAGCGCAUACGUCAGGACCCGAGCUUAGCAUCGUUCCGCUUGGAACAUGAACGCAUUCAUGGCGACUUGGAUCCGUUGCCUUCGCCGGAUGUGUCCGAACACUAUGUUAAGUCGCCAAAUGCCUUUACCAAGGUGGGCAUCAAUGUGACCAAUGAGCUGGGGCAAGUGCGUAUCUUGGAAGUUAGGGACAUGGAGAAUAAUAACGAAGAUCAUCAUGACGAGCACGAUGAGCCACAUUCGCGUAGGAGGAAUGUGUUGAAGUGGUUCAAAAUUUCGGUGCUAAUAGUAGUUUGGGCUGUGUUUACUGCAUUUCUUAUGUCGAAUAACGAGCAUGUCGAUGAACUCAGACUGAUGAGUAUUCCUAAAAGUGGUGAAGAAAAAUUGUUCCCCAUAACGACCGCUUCGUUGUCCCGUGUCGGCCUCAAGCUGAAGGGCGCCUUCCGCCAACAAGAAGCCGAGCCAAUUGGCAAAAAUAAGAGCGCCUACUCCGCACCACCAGCACUCCAUGUACACAUCCAACGCAAAUACUACAAUGCCAGCGGUGAUGAGUUCUACGUAGAAGAUGCCUCUAAGGUUUGGAAAUUAUCGAUCGUCUAUCCAGAACAGUUAGAUGUCACAAAGGAAGCGUGGAAAGCGAACAAUUAUGACAUAUCUCCAGCCGAUGAAGAACUACUGCUGCAAUCCAACUACACCCAAUUGAAUUUGCGCUUCAUCACCAACAUCGAAACCGAAUUUCCAUUGCAGCUGUCUAUCGACGAAUCGCCCAUCUACAAGAAGGAGGGUGUCAUCUAUGCGGCGAUAGUGCUGUGUGGCCUGUAUAUUAUGAUUAUUUGGGAAAUAGUCAAUCGUACCUUUGCGGCGAUUAUUGCUUCCACGCUGUCGAUUGGUAUUCUGGCGGCACUAAACUCACGUCCCUCCAUGGCGACAAUAAUGGGUUGGAUCGAUGUGGAGACUUUAUUGCUGCUCUUCGGCAUGAUGAUAUUAGUGGCCAUACUCUCCGAGACUGGCAUUUUCGACUAUUUGGCUGUGUAUGCUUAUAAGAUAACGAACGGUCACAUUUGGCCACUUAUCAACUGUCUGUGUUUGUUCACGGCGGUACUUUCCUCAUUUCUGGACAAUGUGACGACCGUAUUGCUGAUGACACCGGUCACUAUACGCCUCUGUGAGGUUAUGUCGCUGAAUCCGGUGCCUAUACUGAUGUGCAUGGUGAUUUAUUCGAAUAUUGGUGGCGCGCUAACGCCCGUCGGUGAUCCACCAAAUGUGAUAAUUGCUUCGAAUAAUUUCAUUGCAAGAAACGGUGUCAAUUUUGCCAUAUUCACGCUGCAUAUGCUACCUGGUGUGAUAUUGGUGAUGCUGCAAACAUAUUUGCAGUUACGUUUUAAGUUCCGCAAUACGAACGACCUGCAGUUCAAAGACUCACCCGAGGUGGAAGAAAUGCGUCACGAGAUACAUGUGUGGAAGCGCGCAGCCCAAAGUCUGUCAGCCUAUUCCAAAGACGAAGAAAUUGUGCGUCAAACGCUGAUGAAAAAAGUGAAUCGUUUGAAGCAUAGUUUGAAGAAGCGUGUAUCCGAGACGGUAGAACCGGCGCCGAACUACAAACAAACAUUGACGCAGUUGCAAGCGAAAUAUCCCAUCCGCAACAAGUCGCUGCUUAUCAAGUGCUCAUUCGCUCUUGUCUUUGUCAUCAGCUUGUUUUUCCUACACUCAGUGCCCGAAUUACAACGCCUCUCUUUGGGGUGGACAGCCCUCUUGGGCGCCAUAUUUCUGCUCAUCUUGGCCGAUAUCGAGGACAUGGAAGCGAUAUUGGCACGUGUAGAAUGGUCUACGUUGUUGUUCUUCGCGGCGCUUUUUAUUCUCAUGGAAGCGCUAUCCGAACUGGGUCUCAUUGAAUGGAUUGGCCAGAUGACAGAGAGCAUCAUUUUGGGUGUGAGCGAAGGUUCUCGUCUAAUGGUGGCGGUAUUGAUUAUACUUUGGGUCUCAGCCAUAACCUCUGCUUUUGUCGACAAUAUCCCACUAACAACAAUGAUGGUCAAAAUUACAAUAUCUUUAGCGGAAAACUCGGCGUUGAAUUUGCCGCUGCAACCACUGGUGUGGGCCUUAGCUUUGGGAGCUUGUUUGGGCGGCAAUGGCACACUAAUUGGCGCCUCGGCGAAUGUGGUUUGCGCAGGUGUGGCCGAACAGCAUGGCUACAAAUUCACUUUCCUGGAGUUUUUCAAGGUCGGUUUUCCAGUCAUGAUUGGUAGCAUUAUUGUCUCCACCACAUAUCUACUUUUCACGCAUGUCCUCUUCGCUUGGCACUGAUCGGCAGUUGUUGGAAUUGGCAGUUAAUUGCAGUAAAAAUACAAAUACCUCGUGUAACAGGAAAGGCGUUGAAAGGAAUUUCGACGUGCGAAAAAACGAGCUUAGCAACCCCAUUAUUUUUGUUUUUCUUCGUUUUUUGUAGAUAUAAAAUAAUUCACCCUAGGUCUAUUAUACCAAGAUCCUUGUGAGUAAAUCAAUUGAAAAGUUUUUAUUAGAAAAGUUUAAUAUUUGAAUUUUGAAAUUUACUUAGUACGUUGAAAAAGAAUUUUCUCGGUUCUGAAUAGAAUUGAUGAAAUUUCUUUAACACUUUUAGGGAAAAUUGUAUAGAAAGAACUACGUUGCGUUUAAAGUUAUUUUGGUGUAAAAUAUUAUAAAUAUGAAACGGCAAAAUGAAUAGCAUUCUAAAUAAUAAACGAAGGCUAAAUUUAAGUGUAGAAAAUUAUAGUAAUAUUGAAGUAAAAGACCAAACGAAAACAAAAAAAAAACCAAAUUAUUUUUACACCUGUUGGGAGUUUAGUCGAUAGUCUGUGAAAAGUCUGUAUGCAGUGUAGCAAAGCGAAUGUGAUGCGAAGUAUUUUGGGGCACCGAGCACGUUAGCGUACAGUGUUGUGUAUUAGUUUACGCUCAAUAGAGUUGUGAAGGAAACUUUCAUAACAAAUUGAUUGCGUAAAAAUUAAAGUAUUG